AUGACGGAGGAGCUGGCCUACUACCAGUACCUGCCCGGUGGUGCAGGCCAUAGGCGAUGGGAGGUCUUCCUCGCCGAGUUCAGGCGCGCACUGGCGGAGCUCGUUGGCACCUUCACCAUAGUGCUCGUCGUAUGCCUCGGGAACGCGAGCCCGCACACCUCUCAAGCCCAGGGCCUGGUGCUGAUGGCGCUGGUGUUCGCCAUGGGCCAGGUCUCCGGAUCGCACUUCAACCCAGCCACGUCGGUAGCCUUCUCCCUCCGCUUCGCCUUCGAGUGGUGGCGUCUCCUCUACUACGUCCCCGCCCAGUUCCUCGGGGCGAUGAUGGCGAGUCUGGUGGUGUGGGGCCUCCUGGGCACGGAGGGCGACGUUGGCGCGACGGUGCCGAGCGGUCUGACCGCCCGCGCGGCCUUCGGGAUGGAGGUCCUGUUCUCGGCCAUCCUCCUGGUGGUCACCCUCAACGUCGCCGAGCGGGCCAAGGUGGUGGGCGCCAACGCCGCCCUCGCCGUCGGCACGGUUCUCAUCGCCCUGACCGUCAUCGGCGGGCCGCUGGGCGGAGCGUCGAUGAACCCGUUUCGGUCGCUGGCGCCGGCGCUGCUGGCCGGCGGCGAGGCCCUGGACCAGGUGUGGAUCUAUGUCGUGGGUCCGCUCUUGGGCGCGGUCAUCGCUGUGCUGCUGACGGGCACCCUGGGCUGCCACGUCCACCCCUACGCCUGGCACAAAGCCACCGGAGUUGGGCGGUCGGGUCCCGAGGACUUGGCCAACGGGCAGACAGACGACGCCGAGCGGUGA